ACAUCAGAGUCAGAUUUCUUUCAUAUUUUUUUUUUGAUUACAUGAAAAAUAGUUAUACAUUCAACAUAAAAGCAUAAAAAAUUUCCAUUCUCUGCGUUUAGCAAGAAAUUAACCGUUUUUCUUUAGAUAAACUCAGUUAAGGUAUUGGUUUAUUCCGCUCGAACAUGUGCGCUUUUAGAAACAUAGUUCUAAGGCCAGGGCAACUCAAGUAUUUGGCGUAUCCACGAGAACGGCUGGACUGGAGCAAGCCAGAAUGGCGGCUGACGACAGCUUUAAAACGUUAUAGACCCACCAAGCGUAUAAUCCAGUUAGCGCAACCAGUAAAUCGCGGAUUAGGAAGAGUUUAUUCAAUGCCGUCGCAGAAGAAAUCGAAAAAUACGAUAGCUUACCAGCCUUCACAACGUAUUCUUGAGUUGGCGGCUCCGCCAGUUAAACCACCAGGCAAUGUAGAUAAGCGCAGGUAUCCCUAUCGAAUACCCGCAAAAGCGUUACGUGCGAAGCCGACUCCGUGUCUUUUGGAACUAGCUGAACCGAAGGAGCAUGAAUCCUUUGAACGCCUUAAUCCUUGGUACAUAUCCAGAUCCGCACUGAGGGCUAAGGCAUCCCAAAGGAUUGAAAUGCUCUCGAAACCCAAAAGAUACGACUACUAGUCAAAUUUAAAAUUGCCGUUUCAAAUUAUCAGUAUCUGAUGAAGAAGGUCGAGCUAAAUCUGCUUAACUCAAUUUAAAUUACACUUUCGUAUUUAAAAUUGUUCAACUGUUAAAAAAGUUUAAAGUAAUUUGUAAAAAUAAAAAUGUUUAAAUUA